GGAGGAUGGGCCUGAGGGGAGGGCAAGGGAGGAGGGAGAGGAUGGGGGGGGAGGUGGCGCCUGGCGCCUGGGAGUCCUGAGGGGAAGGGCCCAGAUGAGAUGCUUCUGCAGAGUCAGCAGGGGAGGGAGGCAGAGCUUCGCGAGUGGUUAGAACUGACGACCCAGACGUAUAUAAGUGUGAGUAUCUCUGCGGUUUUACUUCCCACCACCACCGGCCCACAGCACGGCCCUCAGGAGCCCGCGACGGGGAGCAGCCCCUGGAGGAGGGAGGAGGCCGAGAUGAGUGGUGACGAGGUCCGCUUCUGCACAGACAGCCAGAGUGUCUCCCUCUGCUCCCAAGGGCUGGACUCCGCGGCAGUGACUCCUGCAGCCUCCAAGAUGCCCCGGCGUUUGUGGGCCACCCUGGCCUUUGUGGCUGUGACCCUUGUCUCCUCUCUUGUGGCUCUCUUUGUUGUGGUUCUACAGACCCCAAGACCUGCACUGGAGGCCUCCUUCCAAACGUUUCAAGCCAGGGUUCCUGGAGGCAGCAGUUCUGGGCAGUUUCCCGGGGAGCCGGACCAUCCCUACCACCUUGACAGGGUAGCAGAAUUGCAAGAGGCUGUCCAGAUGUGCAGAGGACACGUGGAGAAUUCCAGCGCCUGGAGCUUGGAGAUCCAGAUGUUGACGUGCAGAGUGGACAACGUCAGUUCUCAGAUCCAGAGGCUCGGGGGUCGCCUAGACAACGCCAGUGCUGACAUCCAGAUGGUCAAAGGCCUCCUCAAGGAUGCCCACACCUGGAGUUUCCAGACCCAGAUGUUAAGGAGUUCCUUGGAGGGGACCAGUUCUGAGAUCCAGAAGCUAAAGGGAGACCUGGAAGAGGCAGAGGCUGUAAAUUCUCAGACCCAGAGUUUCUUAAAAAGCAGUUUAGGAAACACUAGCAUGGAGCUCCGUCUGUUAAGCAGAAGCUUAGAUGAUGUCGACACGGAGAUCCAGGUGUUGAAGGCCGGGUUGGAAACAGCAAAUGCUCAGAUCCUGUUGGCAAACAGUAACUUACAGAAUGCUAGUGCCCAAAUCCAUGUUUUGAGAGGCCAUCUGGACGGCAUUGAUGAUUUAAGGGCCCAGCAGCAGGAUGUUAGACGUGGUUUGGAAGGAGUCACUAGUGAGAUGCAGAGGCUAAAGGAAAGUCUGCAAAACACGAACGCUGUAAACUCCCAGGCCCAGACCUUUAUAAACGGCAGUUUAGACAACACCAGUGCUGAGAUCCAGGCACUAAGAAGUCAUUUGGAAAGGGCUGGCCAUGAGCUUCAUUUGCUAAGAAGAGAUUUGGAAACGGCCGCUGCCCAGACCCAAAGAGCAAACGGUCGCCUGGAACAAACAGAUGCUCAGGUGCAGGUUUUACAAACCCAGCUGGAAAAUGCCGCUGCCUUAAAGCCUAAGAUUCAGGUAUUAAAUGGUCAGCUGAGGGAUGCCAGUCGAGAGAUAGAGACCCUAAAACAAGGCAUGAGGGAUUCUGCAGCCCUAAAUUCCAAGACCCAGAUGUUAGAGAGCCAGCUGCAGAAGGCCAGCGCUGAGAUCCAGAAGUUAAAAGGGGAUUUAAAGAACACCAAGACACUGACUACGAAAAUCCAGGAGAUGCAGAGUAGCCUGGAGACCCUCCGUGCAGCCUCUGCUUCGCUGGAGCAGAAACAGAGGACCCGAAAUCAACUUCUCCAGCUGAUCCUGCAAGGCUGGAAGUCCUACAAUGGGAACUUGUAUUACUUUUCUAUUGCCAAGAAGUCCUGGCACGAGGCCGAGCAGUCCUGUGUGUCCCAGGGAGCCCACCUGGCCUCGGUGACCUCCGAGGAGGAGCAGGCAUUUCUGAUCCAGUUCACAAGUACCAAUUACCACUGGAUUGGCCUCACUGACAGGGGCACGGAGGGCCGCUGGCGCUGGGCAGAUGACACACCAUUCAACAGGGCCAGGAGCAGUGCGUUUUGGGACCAGAAUCAGCCGGACAACUGGCGACACACGAACGGGCUGACGGAAGACUGUGUCCAUGUUCAGAAGAAGUGGAAUGACAUGUACUGUUCCGCGCUCUACCACUGGGUCUGCAAGAAGCCCAUGGCCGGGGUGUAGCCUGAGGGCAGGCCCGAGCUGAGGGGUCACGGCAGCUGCCAGCUCUGGGUCCUUCUCCAGGACACCGUGGGAGCCUCUGAACUCAGCUUGAUCUCUGGGGCCUUCCAUUGGGCCUUUGUUUUUCCUGAUCUGUUCCUUUUUUUUUUUAUUAAUCUUUCAAACACAUUUACCUCAUGCAACCCCGCACAAUCAACAAGUCCUCGAGGCCAGAGCCUCGUGCCGCUGUAUCCCCCUCCGCAACCAGCCUGUCAAGCAGCAGGCCCUCAAUAAAUACUCGCAGGAACAAAAGUUU